AUGACGAUGGUCAUUGAAAACCAGAACCGCCAGUAUGGCGGGAUGGGCUUCGACAGCGUGUAUCAACACAACCUCCACCACCACCAACCGCCACAGUUCACCGACCCAUGGGCUGCCGCUCAAACUUCGUCCCAUUCCACCCCUCCGGUCUACGCGACUACCAUGGGCCCCAGCCCAAUUGGCCUCAACCAUGUCAAGCAGGAGGAAGUGAGCCGCCCGUCGAUGUCCAUGCCAUACUCGAGUAUCCCGGUUUCUGCGCCCUCGAUGGUCGCCAGCAGCAACUAUCCGACGGCCACUGCUACGAGCUACCCCGGACCGGAGAUGAUGGGUUUGUCGCACGAUAUGCCACGCACUUCCUUCGAGCAAGCGCCGGCCUACACCACCGCCUCUCCCAUGAGCAGCUUCGCGCCCGCCAGUUAUGCCCCUCUGAGCUAUGCUCCAUCUCUGCACCAACACCCGGACCGUCGGAUGUCUCAUGCUGAUGCUCGCGUCAGCCAAUCGCAACCCUCUUCGGCCCCUACAUUCGGUGAUGCGCUCGAUGCUAGUCGUGGAAUGGUCGCUCUCAGCCAGGAUAUGACGCCCCGGAAUAUUUAUGGUCCUCGCAGCUCUAGGGGCUCGGGCGACUCCUAUGGCUUCCCCUCCACUCACUCUUCCGGAUCCUCGAUUUCCUCGGGCGGAACCUACCCAUACUACUCUGCAUCUGUCGCAUCUGUCGAGUCGUCCGUGACUGACUACAGCUCUACAACAUCCGAGUCAUACGAGAAUGGGCACCUGUCGCGGACGCUUCCUCGCCCGUCGAACCUGUUGACCGGCAGCGCGCCUCCGGGACCCCAGUCGAUGAUGAGUCAGUUCAGCUCCAAGAUGCCGUCCAACACGCAGAAGAAGCACAAGUGCAAGGUGUGCGACAAGCGGUUCACCCGCCCGUCGUCUCUCCAGACCCAUAUGUACAGUCACACUGGCGAAAAGCCAUUCGCAUGUGACGUGGAAGGCUGUGGUCGUCACUUCUCGGUCGUCUCCAAUCUCCGGCGGCACAAGAAGGUCCACAAAGGAGAGAAAGAAGGCGGGUCUGGCGAAGACGAAGAGUAA